CCGCAUUUUUUUCACUGGGGGGCAGCAGCCGCCGGGCCGCCGGGCGGGCGUUCCGCGGGCUCCUCCCGCCGGGCCCGAUCCCGAUCCCGGUGCCGGUGCCGGUGCCCGCCGCGGGCGGUGCCGCCAUGGCGGAGCGGCCGCGGUACCACGUGACGCCGCGGCGGCCGCUCCGCGCGCGGGCGGAAGCGGCGGGCGCGGGUCCCGCCCCGCGGGAAGUGAGGCCCGCGGAGCCGCCCCCGCCGCCGCGGGGAGGCGGCAGCAGCAGGCCCGGCCAGGCGGCGGGCGGACGGGGAAGGGGACGGGGCAGGGGACGGGGUCGGGGCAGGCGGCGCGGCACGGCAGCGGGCGAAAUGGUGGGCAGCGGCGACGACGAGGCGGCUCCGUCGGAUGGCCCCGGGCUGGCUCCGCCGGACGGCCCCGGGCUGAAGCGGCGGCGGAAGAGCCCCCGGCUGGCGGCGGCGCGGCCGGAGGAGUCCGGGGACGAGGUGGACAGUGCGGCCCAGCAUGGCGCGCUGCACGGGGACGAGCAUCACUUUGGGACCCCAGACUCCCUGACGCGACCCCCUAUAAAAGCGUACAGAUCGCCAGGUGGUACUACAGUUUACUUUGAAGAGAAUCCAGUAAGGGAAAAUGCAAAGGCUUAUGACAGUAAUGAAACUGAGAAACCAAACAUUUAUACACCAUUAAAAGAAAUAAAGGCUGACUUCCUUGAGAAAAAUCAAGAGUGCUACCCAAUUUCUGCAUCACAGAGCAGAAGCAAAUCUCGGUAUCAGUCCAAUACAGAGAAGCAGUCACAGCCCUUGGCCAAAAAUGACAGUGAAUCGCCGAGUGGAUUUCACAAGAUGUGGACUUUGUUACUGGUUCUGUUAAUUAGUGUCCCAUUGCUUUAUGUCCUGUGGAGUGGAAUUCAAGACGGAACCUCCUCAAGGAGAGAUGCUGAGAUUCUGCAAGAGUUUCGGGCCCGGAUGGAUAAACUUAAAAAUACCUACCAAAGUCAGGACCCCAGGCUGUGGAGGAGAGCCCAUGCAUCCCUUGAGAAGCGUCUCAACUCUUCCCACGUGCAUCUGGAGCCGGCCAUCCUGCUGCUGGCAGCUGGCCGGGAGGCUGAGGAGGCCCUGAGGUGCCUGAGCAAUGAGAUUGCCCAGGCCUUUGCCUCCUCGCAGAACGCCACUGCCAUCAGCAUCAACGGGGCGGACAAGGCCGUGCAGGACAGCGACACCGUCAAGCUGCAGGUGGACACAGAGCUCAGCUCUGGCUUCAGCGGGGGCAAGAAGGUGGCAGUGGUGCAUCGGUUUGAGUCGCUGCCUGCAGGCUCCACCCUCAUCUUUUACAAGUACUGUGACCACGAGAACGCAGCGUACAAGGACGUGGCUCUUCUGCUGACAGUUCUCCUGGAUGAGCCGUCCUUGAGAAAGAGCCUCACCUUCCGAGAGGUGGAGGAGAAGGUCCGGGAUUUCCUCUGGGCGAAGUUCAUCGGUUCAGAUGUUCCCAGUUCUUUUAAUGGCAUGGACACGGAUAAGCUGAGUGGACUGUGGAGCCGGAUCUCUCAUCUCGUGUUGCCCGUUUGGCCUGAGAAGGGCCUCCCUCUGGAGGGAUGCACAUAAAAGUUGCUGGAGAGCACUUGGGAAAGGAGGAAGACGCAAAAUGUGUGUUGCAAGGCAGAACACGGGAGAACUCAGUGUGGCUGCUGAGCUCAGGAUGCAGCAAACCAGUCAGUCCCUUCUGUGCAGACUUUCCAGCAACUGGCAGGGUUGUUUCUGCCAAAGUAACUGAGACUUCUCUAAGUAAACUACAGAGUGUAAGCAAGGAGAACGUGCUGGUUGCUGGUGAGUUGUAUGCAGUGAUGCAUGCAGCUUGAUGUCCUGGAGCUGGACAUUGCUGUGCAUCAUCUGCCUCUGAACCUGUGUUGAGGCACUGUUGGCUUUGCUGUGAGGAUCUUUCUCUGGUGGUGCGUAAAGCUGGUAUCACAUUUGACAAGGUAACAAUGUAAAACCACCACCUUCAUCUCCCAGAUUUGCUUACUUUUCUUCUAACAUAAGAAAUAAACUGAAAAUGAUGACAAAGUGAUGUGAGUCUUAAGCACAAGCUUCUUCCUGAUCCAUUGGAUCCACAACAUAGAUGUCAGCUAUCUCUGGGCACUUGUAGAAGUGGCAAAAUUGCUUGAAAGAUCUGUGACCCAUAGAGAACCUUUCAGCAAGCAUUCCUUCCUUCGAUGAGCCUGCCCCAAACAGUUCUGGAGAAAGAGAAAAGCUGAGGUACAAGGUUUCUUGAAGUCAGUAAUAUUCAUAUCAGUGAAAUAAUUCCUCAGUACCUCUUUGCCUGGCUGCUUGCAGGAGUUACCUUUUUUCAAAGUGUUGCAAGUUGUAAAAUUUGGAUGGAAAUGAUAAAAUAUCGUCCCCGUGUACAUACUAUCUCCUUUCCAAACAAAACUUUAGGAAGACAUGGGUUAUUUCUCAUUUUACUAAGAUAAUUAUUUUUGCAUUGAGAGAAUCUAUUUAUUUGUGGUACUUGAUAUCCUAAAAAAAUAACUUUUCUUCUUGUAUCUGUGUGUAGCUGGCUGCUUGCUGUAUAAAUUUCCAGCAAAGAACAGAGUUGCAGAGCAUGCUUUUAAAAUAUUUUUUAGUCUCUCAUGUCAAGAACUCCUCACACCAGAUUAAAAACAAGUACCUGUUUCUCUUGUUGAGUACUUCAUGUAAAAAAAUAAAGAGGAUAGCAGCACUUCCAUUUCAUUGCUGUUACUUCAUGCUCUGAGCUAUUGGUCCAUGUCCAUUUGGUUUUAUUGCGUAUGAAGGAACGUGUUAAGAUGCUCUCAAAUUAAUAGGAUGUUUUCUUGUAACAGCUGAGAGAUUAAGCCCAUCCUUCAUUCAGAAGCCCCUUGAACUGUCCUGUUGCAAAAAAGAUCCUUUUCAACCAGGAAAACCUGUGGAGGAGCUGGAGCUUCUGGCUUCUUUGUGCAAGGCAAGGUUGGGGGUGUUAAGUGAAAUGGACCAGAAUCACCUGAAGCAUAUAACAGAGCAGAGUUUUGGAGAGACAGAGCUGUGGUCACUUAAACCAGGCCUGGAUUUGUUCUAUUGAGAACCAGAAAUGAAUAGUGCUUCCUAUUUUAAUGGGCAGAAAUAAAAACAGUAAGAAGACAUGGAAGUGCUGUUGUUCUGGAUGUUUAAUAGCUCAGGAAGGAAAAGAUGGCAUUUACAUUUUGAACAUUUCACUGGACAAAUGUUUUUUAUUAAAAAAACAACUGUGACUUAUUUUCCAAUGUGUCCUCAUAGCAUAUUUGUUUGUAUAUGAUGUAAACUAUUUUAGUAAUGAUUCAAAAUAAACACAUUGUUUUAUAAAGCUG